AUGGCUACCCCCAGUGUCCUUACUUUUGAUGCUGAGGGCCGUGCCGUUGACUUUGAGGUCUGGGUCGAUGACCUCCAGCUGUUCCUCCAGUGCGAUAGGGCAGACGGCCUCUCUCUGUUCGACCUCACCUCUGGUGCCUCCCCUGCCCCGCCUGCUACUGCUGACAGCACUGUUCGCUCACAGUGGGCGACACGCGAUGCUGCUGCCCGUCUUGCUGUGCGUCGCCACUUACCGACCACUGAGCGUGCACACUUUAGCCAGUACAAGAGUGCUCAGACCUUGUAUGACGCUAUAGUUGCACGCUACUCUUCCCCUGCCACUUCUGCACUGAGCCGCCUCAUGCUACCGUACCUCUUCCCUGACCUUGCUGCCUUUCCCACAGUCGCUGACCUCAUUAUGCACCUCCGCACUGGUGACACUCGCUACCGCACUGCGCUUGCUGCUGAGGACAACUUCCUCUCAGUUUGCCCCACCACUCUCACCGUUGACCUCCUCAAGAAGGGCCUCCUAGCAGCAGAGACGAGCAUAGUCGCUGUAGGAGCCUCUCGUGGUGACCCUCGCACCCCCGUCUUAGAGGGGUGUUCCCCCUCCCCCCUCUUGCCCUCUGUUGCUUCUGCUGCUACGGCCGACCUCGUUGGUUUCGAGUCGGUCGGCGCUGCGUCUGCCCCUAGCGGGAGACGCCGCACCUGCAAGGGCAAGUGGGGCAAGGGCGCUGGAGGGGCUGGCGGGGGCGGUGGAGGUGGUGGUGGAGGCAGUGGAGGGGGUGGGGGUGGUGGUGGGAGUGGUGGCGGGGGUGGCGGCGGCGGCGGCAGCAGUGGAGGCGGAGGAGGCGGCGGUGGUGGCGGAGGGAGCGGAGGCGGCGGAGGUGGCAGAGGAGGCGGAGGUGGAGGAGGCGGCGGAGGCGGUGGCGGCGGCGGUGGUGGAGCGGGUCGCGACUCUGCGCAGAGGAGUGGGUCAGGUGGUGGUUCGCGCCAGCAGCAGCGGAGUGGUGUGACUCUGUCCCCUCAGCAGCUUCGUGAGUGGUACGCUGCGCGUCAGCGCGGUGGGGGUACUGGUCCCUGCACCUACGUCCUCCGUACCGGCGACCGAGCUGGUGAGCAGGCGGGGGUUGCCAUCUUUGAUCUUGACUAUGAUGCUAUCCUUGCUGCCAUGUAUUCUGUGACUACUAGUGUUGAGGGUGACUGUUACCUGUGUGUACCGCCUGACCCGGGCAUUGAGGCCACUGCUCUAGGUGUUGGUGAGGCUGCUGCUCUAGGUGCUAGUGCGUCUGCUGCCCCAGGUGCUGGUGAGUCUGCUCUCUCAGGUACUACGUCAGCUCAGGCCUUACACACCUUCACCCUUGACUCGGGUGCGUCCCGCUCCUUCUUUCGAGACCGCACCACUUUUACGCCGCUCAGUCGGCCGGUUGCAGUCUCCCUGGCGGACCCCUCUGGGGGUCCUGUCCUUGCUAGCUUCUCCACUGUCUUACCGUGCCCGGCAGCCCCCUUUGGAACCCUGUCAAGUCUCUACCUCCCCUCGUUCUCUACAAACUUGGUAGCUGCGUCGAGUCAGGUGUUCGCUGCAGCGUCCAGGUCUGGUCCUGAGUCUGCUCCCUGCUCGUGUCGUCUCCUGUCCCACCAGACUCUCCUCUGGCACCACCGCCUUGGUCACCCCUCCCUGCCUCGUCUCCGAGGCAUGGCCUCCCGUGUCCUUGUCUCUGGUCUCCCCCGGUCUCUCCCUCCCCUACCUCCGGGGCCUGCCCCUACUUGCGUCCCCUGCGUCGAGGGGCGACUGCGCGCCGCCCCUCACUCCUCCGAGUUUCCUCCGACAGAGGCUCCGCUGUAG